AUGACAGACCCCAGAGAGUCCGCAGCCCAAAGAACGUGCUCCCAGUGGCCGCCUCCGGCUUCCUCCAGUCCCAGGUUCCCCCCGCCCCGCGGGCUCCUUUAUAUAGUGCUCGACACCCCACCCAUCCCGCACCCUCCCGCUGCGCAGGCCCACUUGACACCGAGCUUCCCGCGCUACUCGCGACCCCCAGCUACUUUUGACUUGAGCUGGGUUUUGAUCUCAGACGCCCUGGGGUCCUCAUUUCAGCCUUGGAACGCGUCCCACUUUGGAGCCCGGAUUUCUCAGUCCUUGGGACUCAGAUUGGAUCACACCACCAGCUUUCCUGGUUCUCCAUUUUACAAAGUACAGCUCAUUUAUGAGCUGCGCCUGCUGCUUCUUCUCGGGGUCCAGAAUUUGCCCUUGCAACAAGAUUUUGGUCGUGGAGGGUCAAAAAUAAAAGAAAUCCAAAAUAUGACAAAUACAAGGAUACAGAUAAUAAAAGGAAAUCCUGAGGCAGAAGUCAAAAUUUUUGGCAACAAGGCCAUGCAAAUAAAAGCAAAAGCAGUGAUAGAAAAUUUUGUUAAAAAACAAGAAAAUAAUAAUUCUGAACGCAAAGUUGACAUUGUCGCAUUCCAACCUUCUGCUGGAAGAAAUGCAAGCACAAAUGACAGUGUUACAGAAGAUCAGCCAUUGAUAGACUGGGAUCAAAUUCGAGAGGAUGCUGUGAAAUGGGAAAAAAAAAAGUGGGCAGAUUUACCUCCAAUUAAGAAAAACUUUUACGUUGAAUCACCAUCAACUAGUUCUAUGACAGAAGUGCAAGUAGACAACUGGAGGAAGGAAAAUUUUAAUAUAACAUGUGAUGACUUGAAAGAUGGUGCGAAGCGCCCUAUCCCCAAUCCUACCUGUAAAUUUGAAGAUGCCUUUCAAUGUUACCCUGAAGUUAUGGAAAACAUUAAAAGGGCAGGUUUCCAGAAGCCAACUCCAAUUCAAUCACAGGCAUGGCCAAUAAUUCUACAAGGAAUAGAUCUUAUUGGAGUCGCACAAACAGGAACGGGGAAGACACUAUCAUAUUUAAUGCCUGGAUUUAUUCAUCUGGAUUCUCAACCAGUUGUUUGUGUAUAUGGUGGUGGAGAUAGAGAUGGACAAAUACAAGAUGUUUCAAAAGGUGUAGACAUCAUUAUUGCAACUCCCGGAAGACUGAAUGAUCUGCAAAUGAAUAACUUUGUGAACUUGAGAAGUGUAACAUACUUGGUUUUAGAUGAAGCAGACAAGAUGCUGGACAUGGGAUUUGAACCUCAGAUAAUGAAGAUUUUGUUAGAUGUACGCCCUGACAGACAGACUAUUAUGACAAGAAAAGCUGUAAAUACAGUGAAGCAAAAUAUAAUCAUCACAACAGAGGAAGAGAAGCGAACUCAUAUUCAAACUUUUCUUGAGAGUAUGUCACCUAAAGAUAAAGUCAUUGUGUUUGUCAGCAGGAAAGCAGUUGCUGAUCAUUUAUCAAGUGACCUAAUUCUCAGACACAUAUCAGUAGAGUCUCUUCAUGGCAACAGGGAACAGAGUGAUCGUGAGAAAGCAUUAGAGAACUUUAAAACAGGUAAAGUGAGAAUAUUGAUCGCUACUGAUUUGGCAUCUAGAGGUCUUGAUGUACAUGAUAUCACACAUGUAUAUAAUUAUGAUUUUCCACGGAAUAUUGAAGAAUAUGUACACAGAGUAGGGAGAACUGGAAGAGCAGGGAGAACGGGCAUGUCAAUUACUCUUAUCACUAGAAAUGAUUGGAGGGUUGCCACUGAAUUGAUUAAUAUUCUGGAAAGAGCAAAUCAGAGUAUUCCAGAGGAGCUUGUCUUAAUGGCCGAGAGAUACAAGGCAAAUAAACUGAAAAGAGAAAUGGAAAAAAAAAUGGGAAGACCUCAAGGAAAGCCCCAAAAGUUUUAUUAAUGACUAAAUGCUGAAAAGUGGUACUUACCUGCCAGAGGUAAAAAUUAUGUAACAGACUUUCAAGCUCCUGCCUUUUAAAACUAGAUUUUGUUAGUAUAUUUAUCAAAAUCAGCAUUAUUUCCAAGAGCCUCGAAUUAUUAGGUGUUAUUCUUUCACCUAUUAGCAAAAGUCUAGUUAAUCUGUCUACAGUACCUUAAUUAAAUGUAGAGUUGGGGCACAUGCCUGUUAAUCCUAGAGACUCCUUAGGCUGAGGCAGGAAGAUCAAAAGUUCAAGGCCAGCCUGGAAAACAGCAAGACUUGUCAAUAAAAU